AGCAGAGCCAACCCCAAACCUCCGACUUGCCGCACCCGCACCCGCCCCAUCCGCCGCCGCUGCUGCCGCCAUGGCCGACGAGAUCGACACGAGGCCGGCCUCCGCGGGCUCCCGGGGCCGCCCCGCGCACGCUACGGAGGACGACGACAGGGAGGAGGGAGAGAUCGCCGACGACACCCCCGCGCCCGCCCUCCCCGUCACGCACCCGCUCGAGCACUCAUGGACCUUCUGGUUCGACAACCCGCAGGGCAAGAACAAGCAGGCCGCCUGGGGGAGCUCCAUCCGACCCAUCCACACCUUCUCCACCGUCGAGGACUUCUGGGGCCUUUACAAUAAUAUUCAUCACCCUAGCAAGUUGGUCAUUGGAGCUGACUUCCAUUGCUUCAAGAACAAGAUUGAACCAAAAUGGGAAGACCCUAUUUGUGCUAAUGGCGGUAAAUGGACCAUCAGCUGUGGAAGAGGGAAAUCUGACACACUGUGGCUGCACACUCUGUUGGCUAUGAUUGGCGAACAAUUCGACUAUGGUGAUGAAAUUUGUGGAGCAGUCGUCAGCGUGCGUGGCAAGCAGGAAAGAAUAGCUAUCUGGACAAAAAAUGCUGCUAAUGAAGCUGCUCAGAUAAGCAUCGGGAAGCAGUGGAAGGAAUUCCUGGAUUACAAGGACUCCAUUGGAUUCAUUGUUCAUGACGAUGCAAAGAAGGCGGACAAGGGACCAAGGAACCGAUACACGGUUUGAUCCUGUUGCUAGAAAUCUCAGAGUGUAGCAUGCGCACGUGUAGGGUGGUUCUAUCCGAAUCUAAUGCAGACAUGCAGUAGCACCUUGCAGAGUUUAGACUCUAGUGUUGAAGGUUCUCUAUUUGCUGAGGAGUUGCUUAAGCAUAAUCUAACAUGUUGAAUGUAUUUCCUGUAUGUUCCAUAAACAUAAUCUAACACUCGGUUGUUGUUUCGUCUC